AUCUCCCGGGCAUCACACACUCAAAUUCGCGCCGAAUGGGAACGAAAGAGGGAUAAAAGUAAACCCUAACAGCAACAGGAGCCAGACGCGACAAAUGUGAUGAAGUCACGAACGCUUAAACUCCGUGAAGCCCAUAAAGUCGGCGGAACCGCCGCGGCGUUUUGCUCUAUUCUUUGGGACCAGAAAGCGGAACACUUUGUCACUUCAUCUUCUUCGGAUCCAUCCAUCUCCGUCCACGAUGGACUCUCGCCUUCCUCUUCGCCCCCGACGAUUCUCCGACAUCACCAAGACGGCGUCACCGCCUUGGCUCUUAGCCAGGACUCUUCUUUCCUCGCCUCUGGAUCUAUAGAUCAUUGCGUUAAGCUCUACAAAUUCCCAAGUGGAGAAUUUCAGACAAACAUAACCAGAUUCACGCUUCCGAUUCGGGUGCUUGCCUUUAAUGGCUCAGGGAGUUUAUUGGCAGCUGCUGGAGACGACGAAGGAAUCAAACUCAUCAACACGAUUGAUGGCUCCAUUGUUCGAGUUCUAAAAGGGCAUAAAGGACCUGUGUCUGGCUUAGAUUUCAACCCUAAUGGUGAGCUCUUGGCUUCGCUUGACUCAAAUGGGACUGUUCUAUGCUGGGAACUUCAGAGUGGAAUCGUUUCCUACACCCUUAAGGGUGUUGCUCCCGACACUGGUUUCAGCACUUCUGUUGUGAAUAUUCUUAGAUGGAGCCCUGAUGGUCGAAUCCUGGCCGUGCCUGGUUUGAGAAACGACGUGGUGAUGUAUGAUAGAUUCACCGGGGAGAAGCUUUUUGCCCUGAGAGGGGACCACCUCGAGUCUAUAUGCUACAUAACGUGGGCUCCUAAUGGGAAGUAUAUAGCUACAUCUGGUUUGGAUAAACAAGUGCUUCUCUGGGAUCUUGAUAAGAAACAAGACAUAGAUAGGCAGAAAUUCGAGGAGAGGAUAUGUUGUAUGGCGUGGAAACCAAAUUCUAAUGCUUUGUCUGUGAUUGAUGUCAGGGGAAAAUAUGGAAUUUGGGAAUCUUUGGUUCCAUCAUCAAUGGUUUCUCCUACUGUUGGUAUUCCAGACAUACUACCAAAGAGGAGGAAUGAGAUUCUUACUUUUGAUGAAGAAAUGGAGGAAGAACUAUCUCCAAGUUUAAAUGAUGAUGAUGAUGAUGAUGAUGAUGAUGGAGCAUCUCAUCAGCCUAGCAGGAAAAGAAUCAGGAGAAAAACCGUUAUUGAAGAUGAUGUUGAUCCUGAUGAGGAAUUUUAUGAUGAGGGUAGCAGCAUACCUGGCUACAGGAAAAAGUCACACGGUGUGAGAAGUGGGCUUCCCAGAAACAUUGCCCGAUCAACCAAGUUCAAAAUGCAAAAACCUUUUCAACCUGGUGCAACACCCCCGAAACAAGGAAAGAGGACCUUCUUGUGUUACAAUAUGUUGGGAUGCAUAACUACAAUUGAACACGAGGGGAACUACCGUAUUGAGACAGAUUUUCAUGAUACUGGAAGAGGUCCACGAGUUUCAUCAAUGAUCGACAUCUAUGGCUUCACUAUGGCAUCAAUAAAUGAAAGUGGAUGUGCUUUCGCAAACCCCAGCAAGGGAGAAAAGAACAUGAGUGUUCUUAUGUAUCGACCAUUCAGAAGCUGGGCCAGUAAUAGCGAGUGGACAAUGAGGUUUGAAGGUGAAGAGGUGAAGGUUGUCGCUAACGGUUCUGGUUGGGUAGCUGCGAUUACAAGCCUCAAUUUGCUUCACAUAUUUAGCGAGGGUGGUUUACAGAAACAUGUUAUCUCCCUUGAUGGCCCAGUUGUCACUGCAACAGGAUGCAAGGAUCAACUUGCUGUGGUAACUCAUGUUUCAGACUGCCUUCCUUCAAAUGAACAGGUGAUGGAAUUUAGAGUCUUGAACAUAUCCAAAAUGACUCGACAGUUGAGCGGCCGUGUUGCCUUAACCCCUGGCUCACAUUUAACAUGGAUAGGAUUCAGUGAAGAAGGUUCUUUCAGCUCAUUUGAUUCUGAGGGUGUGCUGAGGGUUUUUACUAGUCAAUAUGGUGGCUCGUGGAUCCCGGUCUUCAGUACCACUAAAGUGAACAAACAAGAAGAAAACUACUGGGUGGUUGGUUUGAAUACAACCAGUUUAUACUGUAUAGCUUGUAAACACCCAGAACUUUUCCCACAGGUGACACCAAAACCAAUCCUUAGUAUUCUGGACUUCUCCCUCCCGCUUGCAUCUUCAGAUUUAGGAGCAGCAUCUCUAGAAAAUGAGUUCAUUAUAAAGCAGCUGCGUUUAUACGAGACUCAAAGAAGGGUGGACGAUAUGGCUUUUGCCGAGGUGGACACGACAGCAAUUGAAGAUGAGGCUUUCGACCUGGUAUUUUCUCAAGAUAGAUGCAUACUACGGCUCAUCAGCUCGUGUUGUAGCCGUGACAAGUUUGUAAGGGCCGGUGAACUUAUGAGGUUACUAUCUCUAGAAAAAUCGAUGAGAGCCGCAAUAACACUGGUUACCAAACUCAAGCUUCCAUUCUUGGCAGAGAAAUUCUGUAGCAUACUCGAGGAAAAGUUGCUCGAAGAAGCUAACGAGGCUACCGAAAAUCAUCCGCAAAAUCCAAGCAGAGAAGUGGUUAAAUCCAAGGUCCAGAAUUGUCCGGCUCCGGUUCAGACAAGCGAAAACACAGAGGCAGUUCUGAAAGCUUCUGCACCUAAACCGUCUCCUACUACACUUGUUAGGAAAGCAAAAGUUUCAGAAGGUCUCAAGCUGGGAAAAGAACAAAUAAAGAGAGACGAAACUGACGAUGUGAAGAAAAGAGAGGUAAAUAAAUUGAACUUGAUGAAGAAUCCUGUGAACAGUGUUAACAGUGAUGACAAGGGACUGAGAAAGGAAGCGAAUCAACAAGACGCACGACCUUCUUCAAACCCGUUCCUGAAAUCAAUUGUUUAAUGAGUUUUUUGGAUGUUUUUGAUUCUGGUUUGGCACCGUCAGCCUCUACGUCACUUUCUGCCAAAGUCUCUGUGUUCAGUUAGAAGGAAAUGACUCUCAAAUCUAUUUCUCUGUCAGCAUGUAUGUGAGUUUGUUCAUGGGUUUUCCCAAAGUUAACUUUGUUGUCCAGUUCGAUGAUUUCGGUAUCUCUACGACCUUGAAAGUUUUCAUCUCAUGAUUGUUUGACCCAAAAACGGUAUAUUUGCUACUCAUGUUUGUUGGAAUCAUACAAUAAAGACUACUCAUGUUUGUUGGAA